AUCGGCGUCACCUUUCGAGAAGGACCCCGAAUGUGCUCUAUCUCUCUCAUUCAGGGACAAAUCAGGGCUGUGUUAAAAUGAGCCUGCCUUGUUUUUCCAUUAACCUUCAAGACAUCUGGCGUAACAUGGAUUAAUUAUACAUUCAGUAUAAAAUCUUAAAUAUGUGCUUCAAUAUUUCAGUGGGACCCGUGGUGCGUCUGUGAUUUUGUUUUUUCUGUCAGGCCCUUGUUUGGCUGGGCUUUAGGGUCCUGGAGCCUCCAGUCGCGUUCGGACGCUGAGGGAAGGACGAUUGUUCCCGGGAUCGGAGCACCCAAUGGCGGCGAAGGCGCGGUAUUUAAUCUUUUUUCAGUACUGUGGCACUCGGUACAGUGGAGUAAUGAAAUCGCCUUCAGAUCAACCAAUUUUUGGAGUUCAGAAUUAUUUGGAGGUAUGUGACUCGAACGCAGUGCAGAACCUCCGGCCAGUUAAUGAAGUCAAUAUUGCGAUCUCCAGUCGUACGGACAGUGGUGUUCAUGCUCUGUGUAAUUCUGCUCACCUUGACAUUCAGAGAAAGGAAGGAAAGCCACCAUUUUCAGCAGAGCUGCUUGUCAACGCACUUAACUUCCAUUUGAAACCCGAGCCGAUCAGUGUCAUAAAAGCUUUUCGAGUGGCCGAUAAUUUUAGCGCUCGGUUCAGGGCUCUAUCUCGGACGUAUGUGUACCGACUUGUGACAGGGUGCUGGCACCAUUCUCAACUUCCAGUAUUUGAAAGGAAUCUUUGCUGGCCGGUGUCUAAUACACCUUUGAACACAGACAUCAUGAAAGAGGCUGCACAGAUCCUGCUGGGCACGCAUGACUUCAGUACCUUCCGCUCCUUAAACUCGGAGACUCCCUUCAAAUCACCGCUGAAAACAUUGCUUCAGGUGGACGUAACUCCUGGUUUCAGCAUAUCUCUGCAACAGAAUUUCCACAGCCACCUGAAAGUUUGGGAACUGACCUUCAGGAGCAGGUCCUUCCUCUACAAACAGGUGAGGAGAAUGACAGGUGCUCUGGUGGCUGUCGGACAGGGCAGACUAAUGCCUCGACAUAUUGCUGACCUGCUCGAGAUGCGGGAUUCCAGAGCUUAUCCACAAAAUAUCAUAGCCCCACCUGAUGGUCUGUUUUUGAAAAAUGUUGAAUAUGACACAAAGGAUCUUGAAGUGGAAGAAAGUGUAAUUCAGUGAUUGUGGAUGGGUCUGUGGGUUUGCUAAAGCAUCUUGGAACAGACUUUAGGCUCCAAAGUAGCUGAGAAAUGGGAAAAAAGUCUUGCAUUUAAAUUGCAUUUUUCACAACCACCAGAUGUCUCGAACUGCUUUACAGCUAAGUAAGUAAUUUUAAAGUGCGGCCGCUGUUGUAAUGUUGGAAAUGCGGUUGCUAAUUUGUGCUCAGCCUUGCCCCACAAACAGUAAUGUGAUAAUGGCCAAAUAAUCUGUACUUUUGUGGUGUUGAUUGAGGAAUAGAUAUUGGCUGUGGCACCUGGAAGAACUUUCCUCCUCUGCUGCUAUUGGAUCUUUCAAAUUGACCCGAGAGAUCAAAUUGGACUUCAGUUCAGUGUCACUUCUAACAGAUGACACCUCUGAUUAUGCAUCACUCCCUUAGUACGGCACAGGGGAUGUCACCUUUGACUUGUUGUGUUGAAGCUCUGAGUGACACUUGAAUGCAAGGUCGCAGUGACCAACGGAAACACACCUGACACUCAAAAAUGAUAAUUAUUGAUGACAAGGACUGGGUUAGUUGUGUAAAAACUUGCAUACGCUAUGUUAACAGUCCCAAAUAUGUUACAAACUGUGGAUAAGCAACAUGUUGAAUAAAGGCCCUUUUUAAAUUAAA